AUGGCUAGGCAUGGCAUUCGUCAACUAGGCACACCCUGGGCAGAUGGACCCGAAUUCGUGACCCAAUGUCCAAUCCAACCGGGAUCAACAUACACAUACCAAUUCUCGACUGAAGGCCAUGAAGGAACCUUGUGGUGGCAUGCUCAUAGCAAAUGGCUUCGAGCAACAGUUUAUGGAGGAUUGAUAAUCUAUCCAAAAGUGUCUUCUUCAUACCCAUUUCCCAUACCCAAACUUGACAUCAUUCUUCUUCUUGGAGAAUGGUGGGAGAGAUCAAAUCCAAUUGAUGUUCUUAGAGAAGCAACUUUUAGCGGUGGGGGUCCAAAUGUCUCUGAUGCUUACACCAUUAAUGGUCAACCUGGUGACCUUUACAGAUGCUCUAGUAGAGAUACAGUGAGAUUUAUUGUGGAAGAAGGUGAUACUGUUCUUCUUAGAAUAAUAAAUUCUGCACUUAACCAACACCUUUUCUUCAGUGUAGCCAAUCAUAUGCUAACCGUUGUAGCAACUGACGAUUCCUAUACAAAACCUUUCUCCACUUCAAUCAUCAUGCUCGGCCCUGCUCAGACAACAGAUGUUCUUCUAACCGCAGAUCAGCUUCCUGGCCGUUAUUACAUGGCGGCCCGACCCUACGCCAGCGCACAAAACGUACCAUUCGACAACACAACCGCAACCGCCGUCCUGGAAUACAUCUCCGCACCCUGCGGUUCUAGAUUCAGGGGAAGAAAAAGAAGCCCUGUUUUGUUACCGCAGCUGCCAGCAUUCAACGAUACGGUGGCAGCAACUGAAUUCGGAACGCGGUUGAGGAGUUUGAACGACGUGAAUGUCCCGAUUGAGAUUGACGAGGAUUUGUUUUUCACAAUUGGGUUUGGACUCGUUGGAUGCGAACCAGGGCCGAUGUGUCAAGGACCGAACAACACACGGUUCGCGGCUAGCAUGAAUAACGUGUCGUUUGUGUUCCCGAGAGAGAUGUCGUUACUGGAGGCGGUUUAUCGAGGAGGAGGCGUAAAGGGUGUUUACACGACGGACUUCCCACCGGUUCCGCCAUUGAGAUUUGAUUAUACAGGAAAUGUGAAUCGGGGGCUUUGGGAGCCGGAGUUUGGGACGAGGAUGUACAAGGUAAAGUACAAUUCGAGGGUACAAGUGGUGUUGCAAGAUACGGCGAUCUUUGUUACAGAAAACCAUCCGAUGCAUCUUCAUGGGUAUAGUUUCUACGUGAUUGGGCAGGGUUUUGGAAAUUUUGAUAGUGAUCGGGAUAAGAAAAAGUUUAAUCUUGUGGAUCCGCAAUUGAGGAACACAAUAAAUGUUCCUGUUGGUGGGUGGGCUGUCAUUCGAUUUGUAGCGGAUAAUCCAGGAGUUUGGUUGAUGCAUUGUCACAUUGAUGCUCAUCUAACAUGGGGGUUGGCCAUGGCUUUCUUGGUUGAAAAUGGAGAUGAUGAAUCUCAAUCUGUACCACCUCCUCCACUGGAUCUACCGCCGUGCUAA